GGUGUCUAUUUGACUGAUCUGACCUUCAUUGAGGAUGGUAUCCCAUCUCUCACCCCGUCAGAGCUGAUCAACUUCAACAAACGUGCCAAAACAGCCGAGGUCAUCCGUGAUAUCCAACAGUAUCAGAAUGUGCCGUAUCUCCUUCAACCGGUGCCGGAACUCCAAGAUUACAUCCUCAGCAAUCUGCAAGCAGCGGGCGACGUGCAUGACAUGUACGAACGGAGUCUCGAAGUGGAGCCUCGCGAGCGUGAGGAUGAAAAGAUUGCGAGGUAUGCUGCCAUCAAGUAG